AUGACAUCCAAACAGCCGGAGGGCUCCGAUUUGGAAUCAUCAGCCCUCACAAAACUUAUUGCCUCCGCCUCCGCAUCCGGAAACCCUCUCUCUGCAACCACAAUCCAAGUCCUGCACAACCUCCAACACCAGCAUCUAUGGACAUCUCUUCAAAUUCACGACACUGAUGCUUCGCCGGUUUCCACAGACCCAGUCCCUGAAUCCCAAAAUGACAAGUCCGGCGCCCCAACCUUGAUUUCAGGUAUCCCCCCAAACCGGAUCUACACUCACCCUGACCAGCAGCUCUACAUGCUUGGCAAGGGUAUUCGCGAAGAUGAUCUUCCGCCAGAAAGGCUUUUCGUAAUCCCAACUGCACAGGGCCAGUCAUGGAGCUUGCGGCGUAUGGCAUCUGCGUUUGAUGCAAUGGCAGAGGCUAAGAUUGUCGAGGAUGGGGAAGGGCGGGCGGCGCCGGAGGUGGAUGCUGAGAAGGCGCAGAAGCUGGAUGAAUACUAUAAAAAGAGAGAGGAAGCUGUCGCUACGAAGGAAUGGGGCGCUCAACGCUUAUUGUUGGCGAUGGUGGACAAGGGCAUGGGUGGAGACGGGACUGUGGUGUACUAUGUUGUGCAGGAGGGUGAGGUGAAACCUCGGCAGAACUAA